CCUAAAUCUCACUCACCCAAAUAAAUUCUUCUCGAACUCCACCUAAAAUAAUCGUCGGCUAUGAUCGAUUCUAACUCUAUCAGCCCCGUAUCAUCGGUCAGACAUCACCAUACACCCUUGUAUAAAAUAAACAGGAGAUUCAAACAUGAUCAUGAUAAACUUUUCUAAGUACCUCACUCUCAAGCCUUUCAUAUACUUCAUCUUUUUGCUCAUCCAAUCCUAAGAUAUUUACUUGACUUCAACAUUGGAGUGUACUUCGAGAAACAAACUCCGUGACCAUACUUUUUUACUGUAACUCCAGGCCAACCUAACUCACCUUUCAAAUCACCGGUCAGCUUAUUUUCACCGUAAAUACCAUCAACAGGUUUCUAAUUCCUGAGCCAUUAAAAGAGUUAGUAGCUGCCUGUGAACAAAUAUCAAAAUCACCAUUUCCCCAUUCCAAGACCAAAACAGGUUAAAAACUACCAAAAACCCAAUCUUCAAACAUACUCUCCAUUCUCCAAACUCAUUUUCUUUCUUCUUCUCUUCCUUUCAAGUCUUCAACCAAAUAUGGGAGUAGCCAAUAACAUAACAGCAGUUCUCAACUUCGUAGCCCUGCUCUGCUCCAUCCCCAUCAUUGCAGCUGGCAUCUGGCUAGCUUCCAAGCCUGACAACGGCUGCAUCAACCUCUUCCGAUGGCCUGUCGCUCUCCUUGGCUUCCUCAUCCUCCUUGUCUCCCUUGCUGGCUUUGUCGGUGCCUACUGGUACAAGGAAACCCUCCUGGCCUUCUAUCUCUGCUGCAUGGCCAUCCUUAUUGGUCUCCUCCUCUUCUUGUUGGUCUUUGCAUUCAUAGUUACAAGGCCUGAUGGGAGCUACGAUGUUCCUGGAAGAGGAUACAAGGAGUAUAGGCUUGAUGGGUAUUCGAGCUGGCUUAGAAACCACAUAGUUGACUCCAAGAGCUGGAAUAAGAUCAGGGCUUGUCUGGCUGACACCGAUGUUUGUCCUAAGUUGACUCAACAAUAUAUCACCGCUGAUCAAUUCUUUGCCGCUCAUAUCUCUCCUCUUCAGUCAGGAUGUUGUAAGCCUCCAACAAUCUGUGGCUACACUUUUGUGAAUCCAACAUUGUGGACGAACCCAGCAAACCCAAGUGGGGAUCCUGACUGCUAUCUAUGGAGCAAUGACCAGAGCCAACUUUGCUAUAACUGCAACUCAUGCAAGGCCGGUCUGUUGGGGAACCUGAGGAGAGAAUGGAGGAAAGCCAACAUAAUUCUCAUUGUGGCAGUGGUGGUACUGAUAUGGGUCUAUAUCAUUGCCUGCAGUGCCUUCAGGAAUGCCCAAACAGAGGACCUCUUCCGCCACUACAAAAGGGGUUGGACUUAAAAAAAAAAAAAAAUCUUGGGAAGCCUCAACUUUCUGAUUUUCAUUUGUAUUUGGUUAAUUUUUCUAUUCUCUUUUAUCUUUUUGUUGAAUGUAUCUGUUGUCAGAAAUGUCGUGUAUAUAUUCCAAUGAAACAAUAAUAGAAUCUCAAAACUAUCCCUGGCUUUUAACCAGUACAA